AACAUAAUAACUAUUGCUCUCUUCUUGACUCGAUUAGCUGCCAAGAUAGGUAAUAAUUGAUCCUACUCAGGGACAUGCAGUGCAAUAUCGAACUCCAAAACUAGCAUAAAUGGCAAUGCUCAGCGCCAAGAAACUCAUCAAGAUGGCCAGGAGAUGGCAGAAGUUCGCCGCCAUGCAGAGGAAGAGGAUUUCAUUUCCAAGAAAUGGUAGUGAUGCAGACAAUUGCAGUACUUCCUCAUCCUCUAUAGUUGAGAAACGCCAUUUUGUAGUUUAUACAGCUGAUCAAGCCCGCUUUGUCGUUCCAUUGGCUUACCUAGAAAAUGAAGUCAUUAGAGAACUUUUAAGCAUGUCUGAAGAAGAGUUUGGGUUGCCAAGUGGUGGCCCUAUUACAUUACCCUGUGAUUCAGCCUUCAUGAGUUACAUUAUUUCACUAAUCAAGAGAGGUGUAACUGCUGGAGAUCUUCACAAAGCACUACUCCUCUCAAUUCCUUCAGGCUAUUGUUCAACUUCUUCUUUGCACCAAGAAAGUGGAAGCCGACAGAUUCUUGUUUGUUGAGUCAAGGCCAACUUUCUUUUUGUAAAUGUUAGAUCAAAAAUAGUUUUUAGAGAGGCGUACAUUGAAGAUUACACAAUUGUAAAGCACAUCAUAAAAAUUUAAUACCACUUCAUUUGAAAGUUCACCAUAUUCAUGGCUUUGAUUUUUCGAAUUGGUUAUGAUCCCAACAAUCUAAUGUUGGAUAUUUUUACCUCCUUGAUUGAAGAAAGAGUAGACUGUAUGAAAGUUUGAAACAAAGGAGUUUAUUCAA